AUGCCCCCCUUAACCCUCCUCGCCCACCCCGGCCGCCGCCCCCACCGCAAGAUCUUCCCCCAAAAACCCUUCACCUACACCCCAGGAGACCCCAUCACCCUCCCCUGGGUGCAACGCCUAACCACCCACCUCGAGCACAACGACAUCCCCGUGGCGCUCCUCAACCGGGCCCUCUUCCGCACGCUCAACUGGCGGGACAGCCUCUUCAUGGACCCAUGCAUUGACCUCGACAUCCCGGGCCACCAAAUGAGCGGGGCGAUCGCCGUCCUGCAAGCCGCCGGACUAGACGACACGCCGCGCACCGUGACCGACACGCUGGCGUGCAUGCACCACUGGCCCUCGGGGCCGAGCCGCCACUGGCCCGCGGACCGGGACUUUCGCCUCGAAGACGCAUGGUGGGCGCCCGCGCACGUCUUCUUCGUGCAGCGGGGCCCGUACAUCCCCGCCAUCCACCAUCGGCUCUGGAGUCAGGGCCCGGAACCGGACUCCCCCGAUAGCGUCGAGCACCCGCGCCACGUGGUCAUGGUGCGGCUGUUCGCGCACGAGCCGUAUUUCUGGCACAUGCCGUGUCCGACCUUCCGGCAUAAUCCGAGCGAGGAUGGGGAUUGGGAGUGUUAUACCAUGGUGAGUGUGGAACCAGAUUCAAAGGAUGGAGGAGGAGAAGCACGAGGGGAGCGGGAAUUGCCGCGGAUGGUGCGCGUGAUGAAGCCGGCGCAGUACCUGGAGGGGAUGCUGCUGCUGCACUGGCGCGAUCGGAGCCUGGAGAACGACACCAAGGGCACCUCCUGGGAGCUGACCUUCGACAUGCUCUGCGAUCUGGCCCGACGCACCAAGCCCGCCUGCCUGCGGACCCGCGCGUUCCGGCCGGAGAUGCGCAAGCUGCUGCAGGAUGAGAUCCAGGCGCCCGACGGCAGGACGGACCGCGAGUACGACUGGCUGUUCAUGCGGCGCCGCAUCAAGCGCGCCCAGCUGAUGUACCAGCAGAUGAAGGGCACCCCCAUGAUGCCCCAGUCGCCGUUCCCGGUCCUGCCCAGCGGCUUGCCGGAGUCGCUGCACGGAACGUACACGGCCCUCAUGAGUGGGAAGGAGCUGUAUGAUCCCGAUCUGCCGUGGGUGGAUCGGCGACGAGGCCUGUUUCGUCUCGAUGAAGACGGUAACAGAAUUGAGGGCCUGUAUGCCGAGGAUGAUGAGGAGACCGAUUCGGGCUCCGAGGAAUUCCAGGACCCCAACGAGGGGGGCUAUGAUUAUGCAAUCGAAGUUUAUGACCCCAGCGAGCCAGAAUCGUAG